CUCUUUCCCAUCCAUCAUGUCCACCCCUCCCCUCACUCUUCAAUUCCAGAAAGGAGUAGCGCUUCAGUUUGAGCCCAUUUUCUCUGUGUUGCUCCGCGCUAUAAGCUGAAACUUGCAGAAAGCUGCAGUCUUCAUGUCCUCGUCUCCCAUGAAAGUCUUCUGAAGAAGGUGGAGAUGAGCCGGCUGGAUCGAUCCUCCAAGGCGUAAAAGUUUUGGAUGGUUACUUUUGCGCAGCGGUUUAAAGACUUUUCCACCUCCAGAGGUUGCGGUGCAAUUCAAGGACGGGUCCGAUUCUUUCUUCUGCAAUUAUAUCGCCCUCAAGCAGGCUGGAAGACCACCAAAUUGGAAGAACGCCGCGAAUACGCAGGGCGCAGAUGAUCGCAACUGGUGUUUGCGGCGUGGCGCUGGUUCUGGUGCUGGUGGUGCUGAUUCCGGUCAUGGUGAACUCUGCCGGAACUCCUGCCCGAAAUCCUGCCCGCUAUGAGAUGCUCGGAUCUUGUCAGAUGGUGUGCGAUUCCCAUGGGACCGCGACGGCAGCCACGGCGAAAGCGACCCACCCGAACAAAGACAACCGCCUGGUGCAGUCGCUGCCGACGUUCAUCCAGGGUCCCCAGGGAGAGCCGGGGCGCGUCGGGAGGAUGGGCCCCAGGGGUCCGGUUGGUGAGCCGGGGCCACCGGGACCGGCGGGUCCACCCGGGGAGAGAGGAGCACCUGGACCACCAGGUCCACCUGGGCUACCAGGAGCGAAUGGACCAACCGGUGCCAUCAGCGCAGCCACUUACAACACGGUGCCAAAGAUAGCGUUUUACGCAGGGCUGAAGAAGCAGCAUGAGGGCUAUGAAGUUUUAAAAUUUGACGACGUGGUCACAAAUCUCGGCAACCACUACGACCCAUCAACAGGAAAAUUCACCUGUUCCAUACCCGGAAUUUACUUCUUCGUUUACCAUGUGUUGAUGCGAGGCGGGGAUGGAACAAGCAUGUGGGCUGACCUCUGCAAAAACAACCAGGUGAGAGCUAGCGCCAUCGCGCAGGACGCGGACCAAAACUACGACUACGCCAGCAACAGCGUCGUUCUCCACCUGGAACCCGGGGAUGAGAUUUACAUCAAGCUGGACGGAGGGAAGGCGCACGGCGGAAACAACAACAAGUACAGCACCUUCUCCGGCUUCAUGCUGUAUGCUGACUGAAGCAGGCUGGAGGAAUUGGGUCCGACUCUCUACAUAUAAGCUUGCUUUCACAGCUCCUGCUCAGUCCACCCGGGACAUCAGAGACGGAAAGAGCUCACCGUUUCUGUUGAACAUCAUUCCAAGAGAUUUGCAGGAAGUCAUGCACAAAGAAACUCUACUUUGCAGCAGUGAGGAGCUGAGAGUGUAACUCCAGUUUUCAUUUUGUACAGCAAAGUCAGGUUGAUGUUUUGUUGCUUGUGCGCUCUCAAUGAACUGUUAUAGGCUUUACAAAUUAACUAACUGUAGCUGCUGUGGUAAAUUGAAAGUUUCAAGUGUCUACAUUUAGCACUUACUCACAGACGCUUAUUAUAUACCCACAUUACCACUACUCACGUCAGUGUUUGUCAAUUUUUGUGCUUUAUUCACCAAUAAGAAAAAACAAAAAAACAAAAAAAAACAGUUCAAGCCACUGCAUUUUGGGCAAAGAUGUUAAAAAUCGUGAUGCAUGUUUAUAAGACGUUGACAUUUUAACACUGUGCAGCAUCUAAUGAUGUGAUGUUUAUGAAGCACAAGUAUAUUGGCAAAAUGAUCAGUGCAAGUCAUUUUUCAUGUGUGUGUGUCAAACAUGGCAUCUGGUUUAAGCAGCAGGGUAGCCUGUUUAGUCACCAAAACUGGACAGCGACACUGACAUAUCUUUCCUAAAACUCUGAAACAUUCACCAAUCUGCUUACUGAACUUUAUGCUUUCCCUGAUCAGAAACAUCAGAAAAAAUGUAAAAUGGAAUCAUCUGGCUUCCUUUGUAACGCCCUGACAUGAUUAAUCCAACUUAUGUACUUGUUCAUGGUGCGCAGUCAGCUGUGGCGAUCUCGCCAUUGAUCAUGUGUUGAAGUCACCCUGUGAGGCCACCUGUUCCCAGAUGAGGGAAGGACGCGUCCUUCAUCUGGGCCGACCCGCCAGCGUUCUCCCACAGGCACACGGAGACACCCAAUGAGGGGCCAACAGGACAUCUCAUCUAACACGAGCACACGGAGACGAGAUCCGAGGAGCAUACUGAUUACGAGCAGACUCAUUUAUUCACCUGCCAGGAAGCAUGUUCACAGAGAUGUCUCAAAUGGAGGAGGAGCGAUGAUGUUUAAAUUAAAAAAAAGGUAAUUACUGUAGCACCAUAUGUGUGGGCACCUCUCCAGAGAAUACAAUCAAAGGGGAUAAUAUUUUGUCAUUUUGGCCAAUCAAAACAACAUAAAAAAGCCCCUCCUUUAUGAAAUGACUAAUAAUCACAAAAACAAAUCAAAUAGUUUUACUUAGAGAUGCGCUGAUUAGGUUUUCUAUAGUCGAUAGAUUUGUGUUUUCAUUUAGAUCUGAUUUGCCGAUUUUGUCUGCUGUUUUUUCAAAAAAAAAAAAAUUCUUAAGAACCAUUACAGCUGACUGUGGUAGUACGUUUGAAUCAACUUUGCUGAUUCCAAUCUCUGGCUGAUCAGUUGGUGUAUUGCUAAGUUUGACCAACCAAUGAGAUCAAAACAAGAAAAGAAAAAGCACAAAUACUGAGCAAAACUCCUUUGCAAAGUGACUAAUGCAUGAUCAAAAGUGGAAAGAAAAAAAUAUUUUUUCUUGUAGAUUAGGCUUUUGAUGACUAAUACCAAGUUCGGGUUUUUGAGGUCUGACCAAGCAAUUUCAGAACUGACCGAUUAAGAUAAAAAAAAUA